UCUCUCUCUCUCUGUCAGUGGAGGUUGUUUGUGGUCAGGAAGUGUAAAGUGCCUCAGUGCUGCUUGAGCAAAAGUCAUUGCAGAGCACAUCCGGUCUGUUUGUCUUUAAAAGAGUGCAGAAGGCUUCACUAAAGGACUCAGUUGAGGCUUUGGAGCUUGUUGGUCGGCGUGGGAGGAAACCGCCUUUCUGAGCGUCAGUCUCAAAAUGGAUGCCCUGCUCAUCACGGAGGACCAAGCCUAAACAUGAGCUCUUCUUUCUAAACUCUUUACGAUGAGCGUCUGAAUGAGAAGACUAUGGAUGAUAUUGUAGACUAUCAAGAGUCUGAGCCUUAUUUGGAGGCCAUGCAGUACAUAGAGAAGAUGAAGCAGGAGAACGAGAGCGACAGCAUCCCGAUGAAGGAUCACGGAGUGUCUCUGUACCCCGUCACCGUUCCCUGCACUCCUCUCUCUUACGCUACUGUGCAAUGGGACGCCCCAGAAACGCCCACAGAGACCCCCGGGUCAUCUGAGGCUGAGCUGGACUCCAUCACCGGCCUGAGGCUUGACUGGACAAUGGACCUUCCAUCUGCAGACCAGGACGCCACUAUCAAUUUCUUACCUGAAGCUGAGUCACAAUCGGAUGUUACGUCUGAGACUUCUCAGACAUGCAAUGAUCAGAAGUCAGAUAUACAAACACAGCUGGUCUUUUCAAAUGAGGGGCUCCUUGUAUCGUUUGCUGAUGUCAACGACUCCAGAACAGAUACGACUGAAGAGCAUUUUGAAGCUUCUGCUGGCAUUCAGAUCUUUAUGGACACACAAGACUCAGAGAUUCAACCGGGUCCAGAGAGCUCCCAGUUGCAGGAAGAUAAGGAACCCAGCAUAUCAGACCUUCCAAAAACAACAUUUGCUCAUGAGGAAAACACAGAUUCAGGCAGUGAAGAUCAAACAAGAGAGUGGAGUGAGACAGAUGCAAACAGAGAAUCAUCAGGCGCAAAAGAGGAUAUUCAGGAUCAAAUUCAAGGACCUGAUGAAUGUCUGGAAAAAGAAGAGUCUAAUUCCCCAGACAUCCAGUCUGGUCAGUCACAGGACACAAUCAUUACAGGCCCCGCAGACCUGCCGGCCUUCACGAACGAUUCGGUGCAGCUUGAGGAACUUAUACUGACACAAGAGCCAGAAAACGCAAGCACGUUUGUUACAGUGGCAGAGAGGAACCAGAAUACUGGCACUUUACAACAUGCACAACAGAUUCAGGGCACAGACCUCUCCGAGGAAUUCAGCGCACAAGACCAACAACAUGUAGAAAGACCUGCCAGCUCCGAGCAAAAGUCUGACCCUGAAAAUGAAUCGCCAGGGCAAGAAGAGCAGAAUGAGCGGUUCAGACAUCCAGAUGAGAGCGGAUCCUCAGAGCAGAUCCAGUGUUCAUAUGAGGAGAAACUCUGUGAUCAGACGCUGCCAUCCGAGCAUCCAGACGUGUCCAGCAACACAGAGCAGCCUACAGCUCCAGAAGAUGGGGACGAGCAUGUGCAAGAUGAGACAUCAGAGCCAGUUAUAGAUAAGGAACCCACUGGUCCCUGCAUCAACGGUAGCACUGAGCUCGUAAACAGGGCCGAGGCUCAGCGGUUGGCCGAGAAGCUCUAUAGACUGGACGGUUUUCAGCGUACAGAUGUGGUCAGACAUCUGGACAAAGACAACGAGUUCAGUCGUGCCGUCGGGGAAGAGUACCUUAAAUUCUUUGACUUUACCGAUCAAAGUCUGGAGCAAGCUCUCCGGUCAUUUCUGAAGGAGGUGGUUUUGAUCGGUGAGACUCAGGAGCGUGAGAGGGUCCUGCAGCAUUUCUCUGCUCGGUUCCAGCAGAACAAUCCUGACAUCUUCUCCUCCGCUGGAUCGGUGCUCACGCUCACGUGUGCCGUGAUGCUGCUCAACACUGACCUGCAUGGACAAAAUGUCGGGAAGCCCAUGUCCUCGGCUGAAUUUGUGUCAAAUCUGGACGGCAUGAAUGGAGGCAAGAACUUCAGCAAAGACUAUCUGAAGAGUAUCUACAGCUCCAUCAAGAGUGAUCCGCUGCAGUGGGCCGUAGAGAAGGGUGUUCUGGCUAAAUCCAUGAUGCCGGAGCAGGAUUUGGACCAGGAUGGACAUUUGCGUUCAAAGAGUAACCCGUUCCAGGAUCUCCCUCACGACACCAAGGCCACUGUGUUUCAGAAAGGCUUUUUAAAACGCAAAGCACAUGCAGACAUUGAUGGCAAACGCACUCCGUGGGGAAAACGAAGCUGGAAGACGUUUUAUGCCAUGCUGAAAGGAAUGGUGCUUUACCUGCAGAAGGAUGAUUACGUUAAAGACUGCCAGAGCUCAGAGGAGGUGGUCAGCGUUCAUCACUCUCUGGCGGAGCAAGCUUUGAAUUACACCAAACGGCCGCAUGUGUUUCGCCUGCAGACGGCCGACUGGAGAGUCUUCCUCUUCGAGGCUGCUUCCACGGAGCAGAUGAACUCCUGGAUCGGCCGGAUCAACCUGGUGUCUGCGCUGUACUCCUCGCCUCCGUUCCCUGCUGCCGUUGGCUCUCAGAGGAAGUUCUGUCGGCCGAUCCUGCCCGCCACGCAGUCCAGCCUCAUGCUGGAGAAACAGCUGCAGUCGCACGCAGCCAUGCUGCACAGCUUCCAGCAGGACCUGAGCUCUCUCCAGCAGGAGGCGACGGAGAGCAGGAGGAGCAAAGGCCGGGAGCUGGAGGAGCACCGACAGAGAGAGGAGUACUUACAGUAUGAGAAGUCUCGUUACGAAGUCUAUCUGAAAGUUCUGGAGGCCUGGCAGGUGCUGGAGAAGUCCGAUUCCUCGGUCGCUAACAGACUGACCGCGCUGGACCGGGGAUUGUGGAGUGGAUCGAUGGACGAGCAGCAGGACGAGGCCGACGCCGGGAUAAAACGAUCUCACUCCAGCCCAUCUCUGGAGUUAGAAACACCUCCUCAGCCCGUCGUCAAAGUCAGACGCAACAUCUCUGAAAGACGUACCUACCGAAAGAUUGUGAUUCCCCGCCGGAACAAAGAGCUUUGAACAAUUAGUCUCUUACACACAAACUAUCAGAAAUGCUCAAAGCACUUGAAUAUUUUACGAUUUUACAUCCUUCAGUGUAUUUUUAAGGUAAAAACAGCAACAACUGUAGUCUUUUUAUAUACAGAUUUUUUGCACAAUACUCUUAUUAAUUGACCCUGUCCUUACUGUCCACAAGAGGGAGAUGUUGCUCAAGAUGUUUAAAUGAAGAACAAGACCCAAAUCAUUAGUUCUCACAUCUCAAAAGAGUUUCUGGAUGAAUGUGUGGUCAGAAGAACCAUAGUAAACCAAGUGAAGACUCCAACGGUGUGUGUGUUUCUCUGUAGGGAAGUGCUGUCAUUCAGAACCACGCUUGCUUCAGCCACAUUUUCCUCUGAUAGCACUGCUGCUGAAUGGCUCUUGUGUAUCAAGUGUUUGUGAAUAUCUGAUAUCUUUCAUUUAAACAGCAGCCUGUCAUUAAGCUCAGAUGCUGAGGAUGUGUUUGAUGGAUUGUGCCUUCGGGCUCUGGUUGCUCAGGAUGUGUCGCUUGAUAAAGAUCUGAAAAGCCAAUAUCAGAUAAUGCCGCCUGUUGACACGUAAACAGAUUGUGAGGAAAAACAAUCAAACUGUCAGUGAGUCAGAAAAUGACUGAACGCCACUUAUAGCCAGACUUCUGCUCUCACACCGCAUUAUGGAGCUCCAAUGUAAGUACAAAUGUACUCUAAAUAUGGCGAGACGAUUGAUUUUAUACUUGAGAAGUCUGGAUAGAAUUAUGCUUAGGAAGCAUGGACACACAUUCCUCACAGAGUGUCACGAAGUACUACAGAAAUUGAGAAGGUGUGUUAUUUUGAAGCAUGCACAGGAGCAGUUUUCAACCGCUGCGUCUAAAGCUCUUGUGUUUGCUCCGCCGGUGGCGUGAGGUCAUGACCAAACUCCGAGCUGGAGCCGUGGAGCAUGACGUCUGCGCUGUUCCUGGAGUCAGCUCAAGUUCCUCUGAGUUUUUGUUCCUGCACGUCUGUCUGGCUGAAGGGUUUUGUGGCCGCUUGUCAGGCCUGGUUGAGUAAUUAAAAAGGCAAGCGCAGGCUUUUCUUCAUUAAGGGUCCUGAGCGGCACUCGUCGCUCUCAUUCUCGCUUGGUCUGCCACAGAAAUUCCUGACAUCAUUCCUCUGGAUUCCUCUUUGUGCCGAGGCUCGCUCUCAGACGCGGCGGGUGAAGCGUUAACUCUGCUUUGAUGGUGCUUGCUCUUCUCGCUCAUUCUCCAUCUGCUCCAGCGUUCCUCAUCGCUCCCCUGUGUUCAUCUCCUGUUCUCUUCCCAGAUGGAGAGAUGUGAGAGGCGGUAAAGGCAAAGACCAUUUUACAGGCAACUGUAAUUUUGUCACUUUACCUCUCUUGAGUCAGUUCUGUUGGCACAGGUAUGGUUUCUAUUUAUCCGUCCAUCUCCUCACACUUUACAGUGGGUUUGUUGUCUCGUUUUAAAAAAAUGAUCCACAUUGAUCAGUCCUUCCCUGAUUUAUAUGAGGUUUCAUUUGCGAGUUUAAUGAAAAACCUUAUAACUGUGGGUAUUUCUUUUGCUCACAGACUGAGUAAACGCUGAUGAUUCUGUCCCUCUCAAGCAGACUUGUAUUUGUGUUGGUUUCUGCUAAUGUGGCCUGAGGCGUCUCAGAUGGUGACCUGAGUUUGGCCUCAGCACUGGGCCAUGCUCACAACGGCCUGAAGACAAUAAUGGGCUCCGUCCUUCAUACUGUGGAGUGAACCAGGAUAGAUCUUCCACCCUCUAUACCACGACCGAAGUGAGAUUGAACAAGAACCGAAGCCCCAGUGCCAUCCCACUGCUCUGGGUGUGUGUUCAAGGUCUUUGUGUGUGUGUUACACUAAAUGCAGAGCACAAAUUCAAUUCAAAUUCAUAAAUUCUGAGUAUGGGUCAUCAUACUUGGCCACACGUCACUUCACUUCAGUAAAUGUCUGCGAGACGCGGUUUGUGUGUUUAGAUGACAUACAUCCUGAUCUACUGAUGCACAAUUUGUCCUGUUUAGCACUGUAUGCAUAAAAAUAAUUGUGGGUCCUGAAUUUUUUUUUGUUUUGAUCUAAGAAGUAUAGCUCCUUUUUACACCAAACAUUUUAAAGAACAAAA